UAAGUAAAGGAAAAAUAGAUAGGAGAUUAUUCAUUUCUUCUUAAUGAUAAAAUAGGUUCAGGUUCAUUUGGAAAAGUAUACAAAGGAAAGAACACAAAUACACAGUAAAAAGUAGCUAUAAAAGUUUUAGAUAAAAAUGAGAUAUGCAUGAGUGAAUAUCUAUUAUAAGGUCUCAUAAUGGAAAUAAAAAUAUUAAGAAAAUUAAAAAGCGAAUAUAUAGUAUAAUUAACAGAUGUGUUAGAAACACCAAAUAAUUUUUAUUUAAUAUAAGAAUUAUGCGAAGGAGAUUUGAGAAAAAUAUUAAAAUAGAAAAAACUUUUACCAGAAUAAUAAGCUAUAAAAAUAAUUUAAUAAGUCUUAAAAGGUUUUAUGGAACUAUAAAUAAACGGUAUAAUACAUAGAGAUUUAAAACCUGAAAAUAUUUUGAUUAGCAAUGAUAUAUAUAAAUUGGCUGAUUUCGGACUUUCUAAAACUGUCGAUAAUUUUUAAAGAUAAUUAAUGAUUUCAUAAGUAGGAACACCACUUUAUAUGUCGCCUUAAAUUUUAAUGAAAGAAAAAUAUACUUCUAAAUGCGAUUUGUGGUCUUUAGGUUUUAUUUUUUAUGAAAUCAUAUAUGGGAGAACUCCUUUUACUGGAAAAUCUUAAUAUUUAUUAAUAUAGGAUUUUUAAAAUAACAAAGUAGUAUUUGAUUAGGGUAUUUAAUGUUCAGAUAAAUGUUAAGACUUUAUUUUGAAUUGUUUAAAAAUUUAAGAAAGUUAAAGAUUCGAAUGGAUUAACGCUUAUAAGCAUGAUUUAUUUAAAUUAGAAUUUUAAAAUGAAAUUAUUCAAUUUAAUGAGAUGGAAAACAAAUCAAAUAUGAUAAUUAAUGAGCUUAGAUAAUUUAUAUAUAAAAAUAAAAUUGAUAUUGAAUAUGUUUUCAAAUAAAUGGACACUUCAAAAGAUGCAAUUAUUGAUAUAAAUGAAUUUUCUAAAUUAAUUUAAUAAUUUGAUGAAUCAAUUACUAGAUUAGAAAUCGAAUAUAUUUUUAAUAAGUACGAUAUAGAUUAAAAUAAUUUUAUUACUUUUACAGAAUUCUCAAAAUGUAUUUUGGAAAAUUAAAAAACUAAUAAAUAAAUUGUUUAAAAAACUUUUUACAGGUAUAAUUUUAACUGA